AUGGGAAGAGCACCGUGCUGUGAUAAGGCUAACGUGAAGAAAGGGCCUUGGUCUCCUGAAGAAGAUGCAAAACUCAAAGAUUACAUAGAGAGUAGUGGCACAGGAGGCAACUGGAUCGCUUUGCCUCAGAAGAUCGGUCUAAGGAGAUGUGGGAAGAGUUGCAGACUAAGGUGGCUCAACUAUUUGAGACCAAACAUCAAACAUGGUGGCUUCUCUGAUGAAGAGGACAACAUCAUUUGCAACCUCUAUGUUACUAUUGGUAGCAGGUGGUCUAUAAUAGCUGCACAAUUGCCUGGAAGAACAGACAACGACAUCAAGAACUAUUGGAACACGAGGCUGAAGAAGAAGCUUCUUAACAAACAAAGAAAAGAGUUCCAAGAAGCCCGGAUGAAGCAAGAGAUGGUGAUGAUGAAACGACAACAACAAGGGCAAGGACAUUGCCAAAGUUACGGUAGUAAUACGAAUCUUUAUCUGAACGACAUGUUUGGAUCAUCACCAUGGCCAUUACUACCUCAGCUGCCUCCUCCUCCUCAUCAAGUACCUCUUGCGAUGAUGGAACCAACAAGUUGCACUUACUACCAAACGACACCGUCUUGCAACUUAGAACCAAAUCCAUUGAUCACACUAAAGAACAUGGUCAAGAUUGAAGAAGAACCGAUGAGAACAAACCCUGAUCAUCAUUAUCCUGAAGAUGCUAUCACAAACCCUUUUGAUUCCUUCUCGCAGCUUUUGUUAGAUCCUAGUUACUAUCUGGAGUCAGGAGGAGGAGGAGAAGGAGAGUUUGCUCUCAUGAGUAGCAGCACGAACUCUCCGUCACCAAACACAAGUGGUGAUCACCCUCAACAUCAACAAGAGAUUCUUCAGUGGUUUGGUAGUAGUAGUUUUCAGACAGAAGCUAUCAAUGAUGUGUUCUUAAACAACAACAACGUAGCGAAUCUUGAGACCAACGAGAACACAAAAUUAUAUGGAAACUCAUCUGUAGCCGGAGCCGGAGCAGCGUUAGCCGGAGGAACGACGAGUACAUCGGCUGAUCAAAGCACAAUAAGUUGGGAGGACAUAACCUCUCUUGUUAACUCCGACGAUGCAAGUUACUUCAAUCGGCAAAAUCAUGUGUAA